AUGGGAGGAACAUGCCUUGCAAGCAGCUCCAGGGAUUUUAACUUCUCUCUGCUUAGCUUAAUAUUUGCUUUCCUCCUCCAACUGGCAUCAGGACGGGAGCUGAGCUUUGUGCUUUUACUUUAUCGGCAUGGUGACAGAAGCCCCAUUGAAAACUAUCCCAAAGAUCUGUACAAUGAAAAAUCAUGGCCACAAGGAUUUGGACAGCUGACUCAGCUUGGAAUGCGGCAACAGUAUGAACUCGGACAAUACAUAAGGAAGAGAUAUUCAAACUUCCUGAGUCCUGACUACAGACAAGAUGAGAUCUUAAUCAAGAGCACAGAACUUGAUCGAACCAUUAUGAGUGCCCAAGCAAAUCUUGCUGGUCUCUUCCCACCUGCUGAUGCUCAAAUCUGGAAUUCUAAAAUACUUUGGCAACCCAUCCCAGUACAUGUUGUUCCAAAGGCAUACAGUCCGAAAUUACGUUUUCCCAUUUUUAACUGUGCACGCUAUAGGGAGCUUCUGAGAGAAACAAUGGCAUCAAGUGAAUUCCAGAGCAAAAUUCAACCAUACGAGGAAUUUUUAAAAGCCAUAGCUCACUACUCAGGUUAUGAUCUCGAAACUCUCAAGAAUCUGGACAAUUUCAAACUCUGGAAUCUUCAAGAUACUUUGUUCUGUGAGUCUGUUCACAAUUAUACAAUACCUGAAUGGGCUACUAAAGAUGUACAGGCCACGCUGGCUGAGCUGACUAUGUUGUCCUUGUCUUCACUAUUUGGCAUUUACAAAAAAGAAGAGAAGGCACAACUGCAAGGAGGUCUCCUUGUGAAAUCUAUUCUAGAAACUCUCUCAAAAGCUGCUAAAUAUCCAGGCAAAAGAAAAAUGCUUAUCUAUUCUGCACAUGAUACGACACUUGGUGCCCUCCAGAUGGCACUCAACAUUUACAAUGAAAGACUGCCACCAUAUGCAUCUUGCCAGAUUUUUGAAUUGCAUAAAGAAGAUAAUGGGCAAGUAUUUUAUUGUGUUGUCAACAAUCAACAUCCCUUUGUUAUCAAAUGUCAAUGUCCAUUCAUUGACACCUUGUAUUAG